AUGCAAAUCUACUUUGCAAAGGCCAUGGAAAAGUUCAUGCGAGACCAACAGCGACGGCCGCCACAUUCUGAGCCGACCAGUCACCCCAAUUCCAACCGCAAGGUGUUCGGGGUAGGUAUGCCAGACACGGACAUGGAAUCGGCUGACUAG